CCCACUGCAGCCGCAGGAGAGCGGAAGAGAGAGAGAGAGAGAGGCGAGGAAGGGGCUGGUCGCAGAGCCGCCUCCGAGGGUCAGGAAAGGAGCAGGAGGGCACAGGGCGAGAAAGCCAAGCAGGCGCCUCUUCCCCCUGCACUCUCCCCUGGAUCCUGCUGGACUCGGAACCAAGAUGGAUUUGGAAAACACAAUGAAGAAGAUGGGCUUGGGACAUGAGGAAGGAUUUGGAGCCCCGUGUUUGAAAUGUAAGGAUAAGUGUGAAGGAUUUGAGCUGCAUUAUUGGAGAAAAAUUUGCCGAAACUGCAAGUGUGGCCAAGAAGAGCAUGACGUUCCCACCAGUAGUGAGGAUGACCGUAAAGUGGGGAAGCUCUUUGAGGAUACAAAAUACACAACCCUUAUUGCAAAACUGAAAUCGGAUGGGAUCCCUAUGUACAAGCGCAAUGUGAUGAUACUGACUAAUCCUGUGGCUGCCAAGAAAAAUGUGUCCAUCAACACUGUCACUUAUGAAUGGGCCCCUCCAGUUCAGAAUCAGACCCUGGCGAGACACUACAUGCAGAUGCUUCCGAAGGAGAAGCAGCCCGUGGCAGGCUCAGAGGGGGCUCAGUACAGGAAGAAGCAGUUGGCAAAGCAGCUGCCCGCUCAUGACCAGGAUCCAUCCAAAUGCCACGAGCUGACUCCUAAUGAAGUGAAGCAGAUGGAGCAGUUUGUGAAGAAGUACAAGAACGAGGCGCUUGGAGUGGGAGAUGUUAAGCUCCCGAGUGAAGUGGAAGGGAAGGCUGGGGAGAAGAAAGUCCCAGCGAAUGGAGAGAAGGGCACCACAGCCACUGUCGGAGCCAUGGAAGGCAAGCUGCCUGGACAGAAGGCACCCCAAUAUUCCUGUUUCAGAUGCAAACUGAACAUGAAGGAGGGUGAUCCAGCUGUCUAUGCUGAGCGUGCUGGUUAUGACAAGCUCUGGCACCCCGCUUGCUUUGUCUGCUGUACCUGCAAUGAGCUUCUGGUGGACAUGAUCUACUUCUGGAAGAAUGGAAAGCUGUACUGUGGCCGACAUUAUUGUGACAGCGAGAAACCUCGCUGUGCUGGAUGUGAUGAGCUUAUAUUCAGCAAUGAGUAUACCCAGGCAGAAGGUCAAAGCUGGCAUCUGAAACAUUUCUGCUGUUUUGAUUGCGACUGUAUCUUGGCUGGAGAGAUCUACGUCAUGGUCAAGGAGAAGCCUAUUUGCAAACCAUGCUAUGUGAAGAACCAUGCUGUGAUCUGCCAAGGUUGCCACAAUGCAAUUGACCCAGAAGUGCAGCGUGUGACUUACAACAACUUCAACUGGCACGCAACCACGGAGUGCUUUCUGUGUUCCUGUUGUAGCAAGUGUCUCAUUGGCCAGAAGUUUAUGCCAGUUGAAGGAAUGGUUUUCUGCUCGGUGGAAUGUAAGAAAAAAAUGGUGUCCUAAUGGGAAGGAAGCCAAACCCAAGCCACAUUUCAUCAUAUUUCCAAGUCCUCUGCAUUUCUACUGUAUUGGGGCAUUUAAAAAAAAAUCAAAACUACCACUAGGCAAAUUCCAAAGAUUUUGAUGUUACUCACCUGAUUGCUUGCAAUUAAAACCUUAAGCACUUCUGUAUUCUUACUCCUUUUGAUUACCUGUUCCAAAACUUUGAUGAGAUAUAGGGAUCCUGGUAUUUGUUAUACUAAAUAUUAUGCAGUAGUCAUUUUAUGCAUACAACAUUUUAUAAACAAUCUUAGUAAAAAAAUUAAAUGUUCUGUGUUGUAUUCAUUAUGUAUUAAAUCGGGGGUGAGGAGUCUAUUGCUCUUCCAGUAUUGGAUUCUAAUGCCCAUCAUCCCUGGUCUCUGGCCAUGUUGGCAGGGACUUUUAGGAUUUGCAUUCCAAAAAUAGUCAAAGGGCCAGAGGUUCCUCUACCUUGUCUUAAAUGAAGGGGAAAAUAUGCUUAUAGCUGACCCACUAUAGAACUUUCAUGUUGUGUUAUGUAUAGAUGGGACACUUUUAAGUCCUCUGCAUACCAACCGAGCAUAUCAGGGAAAUACUAAAACAGUACCUUCCUUGUGGCAUGCUAGUUUUGAUAUUUAAGUGUCAAUUAACAAUUGAAUGUCUUUUGUUGAAGUUGCAUAGUCCAUUACUUGCUGCCAGGGUCCAACAGCCUUUAAAUAUAUUUAGGCUAUUUCUUGAAAAGCUUCCCAACACUCAGCCAUCUAGGGGAAUGUUUUAAAACACAAGUUCAAUCUUUAAUAUUUGCAAAGUGGGGAGACCGUGCCUUUGCCCAUAGGUUGAAUACGUUUGUUUAAAACAGUGGUUCUCAACCUGUAGGUCCCCAGGUGUUUUAGUCUACAACUCCCAGAAAUCCCAGCCAAUUUACCAGCUGUUAAGAUUUCUGGAAGUUGAAGGCCAGAACAUCUGGGAACCCACAGGUUGAAAACCACUAGUUUAAAAGAUUGUGGGAUACAAUUGGAUGCUUGUUAAAUUGAAGAUAAAAGGAAACAGAUGUCUUCGCUUUUUUGGUCACACUGUUUGUGCUGUUGGAUUUUAUCAUCCAGUGUGGUUGCUCCACAAUACCAGGUAAUAAGAAAGGUUUAAAUCUGCCAAGGCCCUGACAUAGGAAUAGACUUUGUAGUAGUGCACGACUACAACCAUCUUUUCCCCUUAGGUUGGUAGACAUAUUUGCAUUUCUUUUAAAUCAACCAAUUUCUCCACAAUUUCUGAAAUAGUAGUAGUCAGAUUGUGCCACUCUUCCUGAAUAAAGGAAGAUGGGUUACACAAUUCAUGGCGAGUAAUUGGUUUUCUGAAGUUGUGUAUUGUGCAAUGUACACAAAGUUUGUGUGAGCUGUGAAGUCCCUGAUCAAGUGUGUUCUAUCUCAUAUGAUACAUACUACAUAAAGAAGACGCGAGUUCUCUCUUAUCCUGCCAGUUCCAUUGUAUCCCAUCCCCAUUGUUGCUUUUACACAUUGAAAAACGAAUGUCCUCAGCACAGAACCUGCUAUCCUUGAUUAAAUUCCCAAUAUAAUUUAGAACCUCAUGAAAUCAUGGAAGUUUCCAAGUCUCAUGGGAAACCUGGUCCGAUAUAGCUGGCUCCUGAUGGCAGUGCUUUGCCUGAGAACACAUGUCCAGUUCUUAGCAUGAUCAAGGCCAAAUUAACACAUGAAACGUAUUGGUGGAGCAUCUGUCGAUGAACCCACUCUUGAUUUUAGUCAAGUAUUUAAGGGAGCUAACUGCUGGACUAUGUACAGGCUCAGGAUGAGGACUCAGCAUAGCUCUUUGCCUUGAAAGAGUGGCUUUGUUGACUUUGAAGCCAUCAGCCACUACAGUUGAAACCUUGAAUUGUGUCAUAUUCAAGAGACACCCAUAGCAUUACUUGAAUUCAUAUUAUUUUAACCAUUAUAUAAAAUGUGAAAUUUAAUAGUUUCUUUAUAUUUUGAGGUCCCUCCUAAUCAGAGGCCCUGAAGUUUAGGUUAUAUAUGCAUCUUGUGGUGAGCAUAUUGGAGGAUUGUGCAGGCUUAUAAAUGUCUUGCCUUCCAUUUCUACUCGUGUGAGAUGAAAUGACUUGAACUAUGGCUUAAGCUGUUAGUGAAAAUAUCAAGCUCCUAGCACAGUGGUUCUCAACCUGUGGGUCCCCUGGUGUUUUGGCCUAUAAUUCCCAGAAAUCCCAGCCAGUUUGCCAGCUGUUAGGAUUUCUGUGAGUUGAAGGCCAAAACAUCUGGGGAACAACAGGUUGAGAACCACUGACUAGUUAGUAUGUGUCUUCUGCCAUCAGAAACCACAGCGACCUUUUCUGGAGGCUGUAUAAUAGGCCCUUGCUAUCUGCUGGGGUUUGGUUCAGGGACCCUCCAUGAAUACCAAAAUCCAUGGAUGCUUAACUCCCACUAUGUAUAUGUGUGUGUGUGUCACUAUGUAACUUUUUUUUUGUUCCUGGGUUAUUUCCUAAUACAUUUUAUUAUAAAAAAUAUGGGGAAAGUUUAUUAAAUUGUUCUUGUGGGACAUCCUGCAGCACAUUUUGCUAUAGCUUUUCAAUGAAUAUCUCAUCUACUCAACCCAAUUCAACAUCGUUUGUGGCAGCCACAAAAACAAAGUUUCUGGAAUAUAACGACUUUCAAAGCAAGUACUGCACAAAUAAACAGGAAAUAGCACUUUCAAACCAGGAACUUUUUUUUUUCAAAUUUUGUUACAUAGUGUAAUGAGGUAGUUAAAUAGUGUCCCUUCAAUGAAAUGGCAACAUCAAGGUCUGCGUUGGGGGGGGGGGGGUAGUAUUUUCAAGCUUUGGGUAUUUAAAUCAUAAAUGCAGAAUCCCUAGUUAUGAAGAACCAACAUGACAUCAGUUUCAGUACAAUUCUAGUUUUCUUCUAAAGGAACCUCCAAACUCUCAUGUUAAAAUAUCCAAGAAUGUGUGGGGAAGGUCUGCAAUUUGUUGGUAAAGCAAUGCUAUGUUAGGUUAACAAUUCAAUCUUGACAUCUGCAAGAUUGGAGGUUUGUCAUGUGAGAUCAGUUGUCAGUCAAUAUAAAGACAAGCUGAGCUAGAUGGUCCAGGUAGUAACGUGCUGAUGUUUGCUUAUACUGAAUGUUAGAAGGUACCUUCAGUGAACUGGGUGGUGGGAGAAAAGAAGAUGGUUGCCUUUGUAAACUAUGCAAUCUCUUUCAGACCAGCUUUUCCAAGAAAAAUAAAACAUGUCUGUAUAUCUAUACUUAAUACUCUCAAAUAAAAAUACACUUUUCUUAAACAA